CUUUACCCUGAUGGCAAAUUCCAGGAUAGUGGAAAAAAACUCGAGUUUACCACCCGCGCCUGCGUCCCCAUCUGCACACCAGCGUCGGCGCGGUACUGUGCCGUAUCGCUUAAUGUGGAAGUUGGGAACAUACUACUGUAGUAUCGGUCAACCCAUCACCUACGGUGGGGCGUUUUUAGACAAUCAUGCCGUCCUGCCCCAAAUUUAUUAAUCCACUUCAGUGUUGAUGAAUAUAACAUUAUAUAAUGUGACUUUCUCUCGUUUUCUGGGGAAAAGAUAUAUCCUGCGAUCAAAUUUGCUCCGAAGGUAAUUCUCCAGAAAAGUUGAUAAAUCGAAAAUAGGACUAACAGUGAAUGUGUGGAGUUAACCAAGUGAUUACCGUAGCACACCAUACUAUAUUCAAUAUUGGUGCUCUCCGCCGAAAUCUGCAGAAAUGAGCAUUAAUUCGUCUGUUGAUUAUUUUUCAUCGAAUUCCUAAUCGUCGCAUUAUCCCUUCCCCGUAUCUUCGUACCACCAGUCGUUCUAUUAUAUAAUUCUUCUUAUUUUAUCAUUUUUACAUUUUUACAUUUAUUUCUCGCUUUUUAUUUCUGUUAUAAUUUAUCAUAUUAUUAGUUGUGUCAGUUUGCAAUAUUAUCAUAUUGCUCAGUUUACCAUAUUCCUAUGUGGGUAUAUUUGAAGUAUUGCAUCUACUUGGAGCAAGAUAAGACAAAGUUCUCAUUCACUAGGGCAGCCAUAACUUCGAAAAAGUGAUUCACUGUACGGUUGGGUAUCACUCCAUUAAAAUACUCCGUGGGCUCCUGCAAGUGACGAGUGGCAUUCAUCAUAUAUAUUGCCAUCUUUAUUUUAGGAAGUUAAAAGAACAAGAGACUCAAACUAAGCAAAAAGUAAAACGACAAAAUAUUGAGAAGCAAACUCUGUGAAGUGGAGCCCCCCGCCCCCGAUCGUCCCGUUACCAUUGCUGCCAAACCCAGAUGCUGGAGAAGAGUCACGAAUUCUCGAUUAUCAGAUUUUAAUGAGGAUCAGCCAUAGAAAUUCCGCCAAUGAAAAUGCACAGCACUACUACAGGUAGCUGUUCCGGCGAGAGCGCACAAAAAAACCGGCAGAGAGGGGGAUGCGGGUUAACGGGGGAGAAUAAACGUGACACGAGAAACACUGGUAAUAAGACAUUUGAAGUGGUCAAGGUGUCCAACCGUAUGAAGGAGUACACCACGGCAUUGGCAAAAGUUCAGGAGGUGUGUCAAGAGUUUGACCAAUUGGACCCCGAAAACGUGUACCAUAAGCCAGAAUCUCGAUUUGACAUUGAGGGUGACUACUAUGAUAACAUUGCAGAAUUUGAAAGACUAGUAGCUAACGCCCGUGAAGAAUCCGCAAGAUCCACUUCAGAGUUCAGUACCGAAAGCACACGUCAUGACUCGGGCAUACGAAAAUUUAAACUACCCAGUCCAGACUUGCCUAUCUUCAGCGGGGAAUAUGAAAACUGGCUCUCAUUUAAAUCAGAAUUCGAAGCAGCUAUUCACAGUCAACAGGAUCUCAGUAAAGUCACAAAACUUUCAUAUCUCCGACGAUGCCUCAAAGACACGGCACUGGACAAGGUAAAAAUGCUGCCAGUAACGGAAGAAAAUUACGAUAGGGCGUGGACAAUUCUCAACGAAACCUACUCCAACGAUCGGUUGAUCAUCUCCAGACAUUUCCAAUUGUUGUUGAAUUUUCCGAAACAACUCCAAGAAACCGCAGCUAGCCUCACCAAAAUUGUCGAUGACACUCGACAACAUGUUGAAAUGCUCAAAACGGUAGGUGUUACCAUCAAUGACGAAACCAUUGUAGCAAUGGUAGAGAAUAUCCUCUAUCGGGCUACCAUUGACGCUUGGGAGGAAACCUUGACCAAGGGAAUCUUUCCAACGUCGAAAGAACGACUGGAGUUUCUGUCACAAAGGGCUUCUCGGUUCUCGGUUCGCGAUAACGCCAAAUGCAACUCCGAGACAAGGAUAGAAGAGACCACGACGAACAAAUACAAUAACAAACGUUCACACGCUAAAGCAUUUUAUACAGCGACCGACACAAAAUGCUCAGUAUGCGAUCAGGAUCACCAUGCACUGUAUAAGUGCAAAAAAUUUAGAAAUAUGAACGUACCACGGCGCCUCGAGACUGUUAAGAAUCACUCAUUCUGUGAAAAUUGCCUACUUAAAGGUCAUGGCGAGGAGCAGUGUGCAUCCAAACACAUGCGCUGGGUAUGCGAGGGAAGGCAUAAUACUUUAAUUCAUACAGAAAGUAAUGCAAAUUCCGAAGGUUGA